GUCAAGGGCACCUCGACGUGCUUCAGCACUGACUUGACCUAAUUAAGAGGUGAGUGCAGUAAAGAAAGCUCAGUGGAUAUAGACACUGCCCUCUUGUUAUCCAGUGGAGCUGAUCAACCGCUGGAGUGGACUCUGACCUGCCCAGAAGCCAUGUGAUUCCCAUCAGUGUGUGUAUGUACCAACAGCCAGAGUAGGUCUGUCACUAACUUAUAUAAGAUAACAGUUGUAUUCAACUCCUCCAGGGACUGAAGAAACUUGUAUGACGGUGGAACCAUUUGGGGAGACAGCUUCUUCUUCAAACUUUCUUCAGACUGAUCCAGCUGCAGUAUGGCUCUGCUUGUCCACAUACUGGCCUGUGCCUUUGGCCUGGGCUCUUGGGUGGCGGUGAACGGACUGUGGGUGGAACUGCCGCUCAUCGUCAGCACUCUACCGGAGGGCUGGGAGCUCCCCUCCUACCUGACAGUCAUCAUCCAGCUGGCCAACCUGGGGCCUCUGCUGGUCACCCUCAUGCACAAACUGUGCCCGGGUCGUCUAAAAGAGCAUGUUGCAAUUUACUCCAUCCUCUCCAUUGGUAUCCUCUCCUGCAUCCUGCUCGCCUUCUUCUGGGACAAAACGACGAUAGUGGCCGGGGUGCCACAUAGCACUGCCUUCUUCAUCAUCACCUUCUUUCUCUCUCUUGUGGACUGUACUUCCUCAGUCACCUUCCUGCCUUUCAUGAUGCAGCUUCCAGCAAAAUACAUCACCACAUUCUUUAUUGGAGAAGGGCUAAGUGGUUUCAUUCCCGGCAUAGUAGCUCUGGCACAAGGGGUGGGCAUCGCCAAAUGUGUCAACUCCUCUCACACUGCAGGAAACCACACAGGCGGGAACAUGUGGUCAUUACAUACAGAGUAUCUUCCUCCAAACUUUUCCACCGAGGUGUUUUUCUUCUUCCUAGCGGCCAUGAUGUGCAUAAGCCUGGUCGCUUUUGUUGCACUGAACAGGCUUCCUCGGACAUACGAGCUGUCCACCGAAAACCUCGUGCCAGACACUGCGGCAUCUGUCAGCUCCGGCCUGGAGAACCCUGGAGCGGAGACUGAUGGAGAGGGUGUGAAAUGUCAGGGUGAGGGGGCAACCCAGAGCAGGCUUCUGCUAGCCAGCCCAAAACACUCUGUGUACCAGCUGACCUUCACCUACUUUAUGGUGGUGUGGGUUAAUGCUGCAACCAACGGCCUGCUGCCCUCUGUGCAGACGUACUCCUGUAUGCCCUACGGGAACCUGGCCUAUCACCUCUCUGCUGCUCUGUCGUCAGUGGCCAACCCACUGGCUGCCACCAUUGCAAUGUUCUUCCAAAACAGGUCACUGGUCUUUCUUGGCGUGCUGACAGUGUUGGGGACAGGAUUUGGUAGCUAUAACAUGGCUAUGGCAGCUCUGAGUCCAUGUCCUUUGCUUCGAGGGUCUGUGGUGGGAGAGAUGAUCAUUGUGCUCUCAUGGCUCUUCUUCACUGGAACGCUGACUUAUGUCAAAGUAAUGGUGGGUGUCAUCCUGAGAGACCGGAGUCACAACGCCCUGGUCUGGUGUGGCGCUGCAGCACAGAUGGGCUCACUAGUUGGCUCGGUCACCAUGUUCCCGCUGGUUAAUGUCUACCGACUGUUUCAGUCAGGAGACUAUUGCAACACUAAAUGUCCUUUAUGACAGUUAAUCUGAGAACCACAGUACUGAGGAGGCUGGAGACACUCUCAGUUAAAGGAAUAGUUUGACAUUUUGGGAAAUAUGAGUUACUGAGUUCCUUGAUGAAAAGAUCAGUACCACUGUCACAUCUGUGUGUUAAGUACGGUACUAGAGGUGUGAGUCAAUUAGCUUAAUUUAGCAUAAAGACUGGAAGCAGGGGUAUAGAUAAAACAUGUUAAUUAGUGAGAUUUAGAGGUGCUAGUAAGCAGAUUUGUUUUACUUUGGACAGAGCCAGGCUGCCUGCUUCUGGUCUUUAUGCUAAGCUAAGCUAACUGGCUGCUGGCUCUAGCUUCAUAUUUAGCUAUUUAUUCAUAUACAGAUACGAGAGUGGUAUCAAUCUUCUCACCUAACUCUUGGGAAGACAGCAAAUAAGCGUAUUUCAAAAAAUGUAGAACUCCUUUGAGGUUCUUCUGUAGGACUAAGAGUCUGCCAUCCUUCAACCUUUUGUUAAAGAAGUGAUGUUUUGCAUUUAUUUUCUUUCUUUUGCAGCUUUGUGAUUUUUAAACCAUGUUUGCACUUAACUGUAUCAAUGUUUGUGUCCAAGUCAUUUAAUACACUAUGAUAGGAAAAGCUAUUAACUUGUAUAGAUAUUAAAUAUAAGAACUUCAACACUGGGA